CACAAACAAAUGACGUCGUUUGCAAGAUAGUUAAGUAUAGGGUAAUUUACUAGGUUGACGGCAUGUCAGGGUCUAGAGACAACUUACACAAAAUGGUUUGCUGCUGGGGUAAGCGCAAGUCGUCGCGGGACCCCUCAAGAAAAAAUGAUGUUAACCCAAGAACUGUUAAGGACUACCUCAACCAUCACCCGGGUGUUUUGAUUGAUGUUAUGCGCAAUUUAGUUUCAUCGAAACCAUAUAGGAGGUCGUCGAUGGGCAGUCCCAAUAAUAGUGACAUUAAGCUGCUAGGCCUGAACGAUCCGACUCGCAUAAAGUCUAUUGAAUUACAUAGCAAGUUCUUCCUGAAACAGACCGACCAGCAGAGUAUUCCUAACCAUAUAUUCAAUUCAGCGCGUAUCCUGGCAGCCUCGCUACACGCCGACUGGUUUGCGCUGUAUUUGCCGUGCACCAGUAACUCGGAGCUCGAAGAAUACGUCGAAGGCGGGGACACACGGCCGUACGGUCCGAUAGCAAUUAAGACGACAGUUAGCGCGGAGGCCGCUGUGCACCGCUCGAUCAUACACGUAAAGGAUUUGCCCAGGGAGUUGAGGACGUACCCUAAAGGUGUCGGUCGUCCGGAGAGAGACGUGCACCGCGUCCUUUCCAUCCCCUUGUGUCUCCCGUCUGGAGACUUUCUGGGCGUGGUGGAGUUCUGCAGGAGCGGCGAGACUAAGCCCUUCAAUGAGCAUGAGCUGCAGUUGAGCGACACGUUCUUUGACUGGAUGGUCACCUCCAUGUACCAGGCUAAGAUCAUCAAGCUGCUCGAUCACCAGACGAAGCUGAACAACUUCCUUCUGGACAACUCGAAGAAAGUCCUCGACGACAAGAUGGGCUUCGAAGAUCUUGUCGAGACCAUCCUCAGGUCCAUCAAGGAGCUGGUGGACGCGGACCGCUGUACGAUGUUUCUCGUUGACGAGGAGAACAGACAGCUGUACGCGCACUACUUCGACGAGGGCUUCACGGAGAACGGCAAGUGCUUGUUCUCCAAGAAGCAGAACAUCCGCUUCUCGUGCGACAAGGGUAUCGCCGGCUACGUUUACAGAACGGGCGAGACGGUGAACGUCAUGAACGCCUACAGCGACGGCCGCUUCAACCCCGAGGUGGACAAGGAGACCGGCUACCACACGACAAGCAUCCUCUGCAUGCCGGUCGAGUGUAAGUCGCGCGUGGUCGGGGUCCUGCAACUGAUCAACAGCCUCAGCAACGACCACUUCACGCCUUCGGACGGAGACGCCUUCGACACGUACGCAGUCUACUGCGCACUGGCUCUUCAUUGUUCCAGGUUGACAGAUCUGCUGAAGAUAUCCGAAGCCCGAUGCAAGGUUUGCAUGGAAGUCCUUCGCUUCCAUAUGGUUUCGUCGGAAGAAGAAGCCAUGACACUCGUAAAAAGUGUACCCGUUAAAAAGCUCCCCGAUUCCUUUAGCCAGUUUUCCUUCGUCGCAUACGAACACGAGAAUGUCCUUCCGCAGCUGUUCAUCUAUAUGGUGCACGAUCUGUUCGGUAAGCAUAAGCUUCAUCUGAAAACAUUGUGCAGAUUUGUUUUGACCGUAAAGAAAAAUUACCGUUCAGUACCUUUUCAUAACUGGUUGCACGCUAUCCACACGGUGCAUACGUUGUACUGUAUACUAAAGGGAAAUAAAAAAACGUUUAACACGGUGGAGAUGAUGGCAUUGGUUAUUGCUGGAUUGUGUCACGAUAUUCAGCACGAAGGCUUCAACAACGAAUACUAUGAGGAAUUCCACCAUCCACUGGCCAAACUCUACAGCAGUUCCAUCAUCCAGAACAGCCAUUACAAACACACGGUCACUAUUCUGGAAAUGGAUGACCAUGAUAUCUGUUCGUUCCUUUCCAAAAACGACUACAAGCUACUGCUGAAGGAGAUCUGUCAAAACACCAUCGCUACAGACGUGUCCAAUUUCUACGCCAACCACAGAGUCAUGUCGAAAAUGCUGAAGAGCAAAAGCUUUGACAUUCGCAAGGAUGACUGCAGAAAGUGUUUCAAGGGACUCGUGAUGCUAGGGGCCGAUUUGAGUAGUGUGACCAAGGACUGGGAUGUGCACUACGCGACUGUUGAUAAUAUAUACGAAGAGUUCUACAAGCAGGGGGAUGAGGAGAGGAGACACGGAUUGCAGGUGACAGCCAUGAUGGAUCGGCACUUCCGGCACGAGAUGCCAAAACAGCAAGUUCACUUCUUAAAAUGCAUAUGCAUGCCUUUGUACACAACGUUGCAACAAGUAUUUUCAAAUACCGACCCGUUGUUGAAUAAAGUCAUGAAAAAUUUACAAGAAUGGAAGCAACUUGCCAGCAAAAGUAAACAGCCGAAAGAGAAAAAACGCUGAAUAUUGUAUUUCUUUAUUUUGGCGUUCAAAAUAUUUAUAUUAUUAGUAUCGAAAUAUGUUGUACUUGGGAUUUUAAUAGUAGGAGAGUAUUCCGCUAUGUGUGUGUGUGAUUCGUCUCCCACCCCCCACCUUCUCCCCCAGGUGCGGAUCCUAGGGGAGUGUUCCGGGGGCGCGCUACCUAGCACCCCGCAUCCCGAAUUUCAAAGUGAUUCGAAAACCUGUUUAGCUCAUAAAUUCAAUGAAUUUAUUUGUUUUAAUGGGGUGUGUGAUUGGUGGUAACUAAAGGUUUUCUUGGAUAGAUCAUCUGGGGACGGGUGGAAUACUGCCAAGUAUAUAAUGUUAGUGUACUUGUGAAUACAGUGUUUGCUCUUUUUUAAUGUCAUACGUCUUUGUUAAAUGUCGGAUUCACCCAACCACCCACCUACCCCUCCCCGGAACAAUUUUACAUAAUAUGAAUCUGGCGUUAUUGUCGACCUUAAAACGAUUAACCUCAGACAGGUCUACUUAACAAUUAAUGUCUUGGUUUUUAAAUAAUUAUUUAACGUUUUUCUUUUUAAAAACUUCAACAAUUAUAUAACGCAAACAAUGGCAGAGUGUAUUUAAAAGUAGCGGGGGGUGGGGUGGGGUGGUACAGUCAGGUCAGUGGAAAGGGUAGGGGAAGGGCAUGCUUCCCCAAGAAAAACUUUAAUUACAGCUGUUAAAAUACGGCGUUUCCAGCCUUCUGAGCUCAGUAACGGAGGGGAGAGGGGCAAUGGGGAGCCAUGACCCCCCACCCCUUCCUUAUCAUGUUACACGGACCCUGUUUUUAUACCUCUCCCCAUGUAACGAUAAGACCACUCGUCCCUCUAAAAUUUACGUAACACUAAGAUAAAAUUUUAC